GUCUGUUUUAUGGCACGAUUUUGGUUGGGUGGGUGGCAGAGUGAGUAUACAGUUUAUGUUUAAAUUUCCAUGCUCUGUUUGCUUUAUGAUUUCCUUCUUCCAUUAAAAUUUUUAGAGAUCGCCUCCCAUUGAAAUAGUUUUUUCUUCUCUUUUUAUUCAUUUAUUGGGAAGAUCGAUUCUCUAUUUCUUCUUUGGCGUGAGGAGGAGAUAUGGGGUUCAUUGGCAGUUUUUUUGGAAUUAUCGGAUUCGCAUUCGGUAUUCCAAUAGGGCUCUUUCUGGGUUUUCUUCUUUUCAUCUUCUUCGAACCCAGUGAUGUCAAGGAGCCAAUUGUUACGCCACUUUAUGACUUAGAUUCAAACAGUUUGUAUGAUCUUUUACCAGAGAUUCCACUAUGGGUGAAGAGUCCUGAUUAUGAACGAGUUGAUUGGUUGAACAAGUUUGUAUUUGAUAUGUGGCCUUACCUUGAUAAGGCAAUAUGUAGUACAAUAAGGAGCAUGGCAGCACCAAUAUUUGCUGAGUACAUUGGGAAGUUUCAGAUUAAAUCAAUUGAGUUUGAGAGUCUAACUCUUGGAACUCUUCCUCCUACUAUUCAUGGGAUUAAAGUGUAUGAUAGCAAUGAGAAGGAACUAGUUAUUGAGCCGGUUGUUAGAUGGGCUGGGAAUCCCAACAUUACUCUUGUGUUGAAACUGUUGUCUCUACGAAUCACAGUGCAGCUGGUGGAUUUACAAAUAUUUGCAGCACCUCGUGUAACUUUGAAGCCACUUGUUCCUAGCUUUCCAUGCUUUGCAAGCGUGGUAGUAUCUCUAAUGGAAAAGCCACAUGUCGAUUUUGGAUUGAAAUUUCUGGGAGGUGAUAUCAUGGCCAUCCCUGGCCUGUAUCGAUUUGUUCAGGAAACUAUCAAAAGAGAAGUUGGAAAACUUUACUUGUGGCCUCUAAUCCUUGAAAUACCCAUUCUUGACAGCACAAUGCUGUCCAUGAAGAAGCCUGUAGGCAUAUUACAUGUUACGGUUAUACGGGCAGUCAAUCUCUUGAAGAUGGACUUCUUGGGAACAUCUGAUCCAUAUGUGAAACUCAGUUUGACUGGUGAGAAGUUGCCGGCAAAGAAAACCACUGUCAAGAUGAAGAACUUGAAUCCUGAGUGGAAUGAGGAGUUCAAGCUUAUUGUAAAAGAUCCUGAGUCUCAAGUCCUUCAGUUACUUGUGUAUGACUGGGAUAAGGUUGGGACACAUGACAAGCUGGGAAUGCAAGUAGUACCACUGAGAUUGCUUUCUCCACAUGAGACAAAGGAAUUUACGCUUGAUUUGCUCAAGAAUAUUAAUCCAAAUGAUCCCCAUAAUAAGAAGCGAAGAGGGCAAAUUUUUGUGGAGCUGACCUUCAAACCUUUCAUAGAAGACAUCGACAGAUUUAGUGGACCUCUGGAUGGAUAUAUGAAGAAGGGAAGUAUGAAAGGAAGGAAGGAAAGUAUGAGAGGAAAGGAACAAGAUGAUGUCGUGUCCGAUGGGCCAGGGGUACUUUUGGUCACUGUCCGAGGUGCCGAGGAUGUUGAGGGGAAGAAUCACAAUAACCCUUAUGCUCUAGUACUUUUUAGAGGGGAGCAAAAGAAAACUAAGAUGAUUAGGAAAAACCGGGAUCCAUCUUGGAACGAAGAAUUUCAGUUCAUGCUGGAAGAAGCCCCUAUAAAUCAGAGGAUCCAUAUUGAAGUCAUGAGUAAACGUACAGGCUUCAGUUUCAGACACAAGGAGUCCUUAGGUUAUGUGGAGAUAAAUCUUACAGAUGUAGUCAACAAUGGGCGCAUCAAUUCGAAAUACAAUCUGAUUGAUUCAAAGAAUGGAGUGAUACACAUUGAGAUACAGUGGAAUACCAUUUGAGGGAAUGAGUUGUAAUGUACAAUCCUUGUUCACAAAUAUAUAAUUUUUUGUAGGUUGUUAAAAUUAUUUCUUAUAUAAUUGGAAUCAUUCUUGUGAAUUCUUAACUACAUACACAAUCAAUUCAUUAAACAUAUUUCAAGUUCA